AAUCCCCUUCGAGAUCACCCUCUGGAUCCUCUUGGCUUCCUUAGCCAAGAUCGGUUUUCAUCUCUACCACAAAUUGCCCCAGAUAGUUCCAGAAAGUUGUCUCCUUAUUGUGAUCGGACUGAUUUUAGGUGGAAUUAUAUUUGGGGUACAGGAAAAAUCUCCACCAGUGAUGAAGAGUGAUGUUUUUUUCUUAUAUCUUCUUCCUCCAAUUGUCCUCGAUGCUGGUUAUUUUAUGCCAACACGCCUCUUCUUUGAGAACUUUGGAACCAUUUUUUGGUAUGCUGUUGUGGGCACACUCUGGAAUUCUUUUGGCAUUGGCAUUUCUCUCUUUGCCAUUUGCCAGGUUGAGGCCUUUGGUCUGAGUGACAUCACUCUACUGCAGAGCCUGCUUUUUGGGAGUUUGAUUUCAGCCGUGGAUCCUGUGGCUGUGUUGGCUGUCUUUGAAAAUAUUCAUGUCAACGAGCAGCUGUACAUCUUAGUUUUUGGGGAAUCUCUCUUGAAUGAUGCUGUAACUGUGGUAAGUGACAUACUCACGAAUGCUCACAGACAAAACAUUUGCACUUCUAUAUGCAAUAAAAUCAGGCAAAAUUUUGAAAUCUACAUUUCUGCUGUUAUUACUAGCCAAAUUCAGGCAACCCGUCAUAAAAAUAUCUAUAUAAUUUUACAACUGAAGAUUACAGCAUGUGCUAUGACCAUGAAUAAAUACGUGGAGGAGAAUGUUUCUCAGAAGUCCUAUACUACUAUAAAAUAUUUCAUGAAAAUGCUGAGCAGUGUCAGUGAAACUCUUAUCUUUAUUUUCAUGGUAGUAUCUACAGUAGGAAAAAACCAUGACUGGAACUGGGCCUUUGUUUGUUUCACUCUGCUAUUUUGUUUGAUUUGGCGUUUAUUAGGAGUUUUUGCAUUGACUCAGGUAAUAAAUAUAUUUCGGACAAUUCCUAUAACAUUUAAAGACCAGUUCAUUAUCGCCUAUGGAGGCCUCCGAGGAGCUAUAUGUUUUUCUCUAGUCUUCCUGCUCCCUUCUUCUGUAUUUCCUAGAAAGAAGCUUUUCAUUACCGCUGCUAUCGUAGUGAUAUUCUUUACUGUGUUCAUUCAGGGAAUGACAAUUCGCCCACUGGUGGAGUUUCUUCAUGUCAAAAGAUCAAAUAAGAAGCAACCAGCAGUCAGUGAAGAAAUCUACUGCCGGUUCUUUGAUCACAUCAAGGCUGGUAUUGAAGAUGUGUGUGGACACUGGGGUCACAACUUUUGGAGAGAUAAGUUUAUAAAAUUUGAUAAGAAGUAUCUAAGAAGACUUUUAAUCAAGGAAAAACAACCACAAUCAAGUAUUGUUGCCCUGUACAAGAAAUUGGAAAUAAAAAAUGCCAUUGAAAUGGCAGAGAAUGGGAUGUUAAGCACAGUUCCAUCUCUAGCUUCUCUCAGUGAGCCUCAAGAAGGAGAAAAAAAACAUGAACCUUAUUCUGGCCAAAUGGAUAACAUAAGAGAGAUUUUAACAAAGAAUCUGUAUCAGAUACGGCAAAGAACUCCAUCAUAUAAUAGAUACAGUCUCGCUGAAGAUGCAAAUGAAAAACAGGCCAAAGAAAUUUUGAUUCGUCGCCGACAUAGCCUAAGGGAGAGCAUUAGGAAGAGCAACAGUUUGUCAAGAACAGUGCACAUGAAAUCACCACGUUUCUUAUCACUACCUAAAAAUACUAAACUUGCAGAGAAAACACGGAAAAGAAAUCAACCUUCCUUUAAAGUAAGUGACAGCAGUGAUUCUGAAUCUGACCAUACCAUGGUGCUGAAUUUAAAAUCCCAAGCGGGAAACAUUUUGAGAGAUCAAAGACUUCGUCAGCAACAAUGCAGAAUUGAGUGGAAGAAUGAAACGGGCAGAGACAAUGGUGGUACAGCGAGCUACCCUCAAGGAACAUCAAGAUGCUUCCGGCAACCACUGUUGCCAAGGCCAGCAUUUGGCAUAGUGAAUGAAGAAUCAACUGAAGAUGACAGAUCAGUCAAGCCCCUGCCACCACCUCGAUUAGCCCGGCAGGCAUCAAAAGCUGAAAGGCCAAGAGAUAAAUCUGAGAAUAACCAUAGCAAUAAUUAUUAAACAGAUAUAGUACUAAUACCCAAACAAUACAUAUAGUAGACUACUAGCGUGAUGUAAAUGGCACUAGGGCAAUUGGAUUCAAAACCUGGCCCUAUACUUGUGCAGGGUGGUUAGGAAGGAAAGAAAAUCUAGACAGAAAUCAAGUAGGAAGAAAUUCUUAACUGCUCUAGGACCAAAUAAUGUAAAUUAUACAAUGAAGACAACUUUGAUCAAUUAUUAUAUAUUGUAUGCCUGACAUGUGAGUUACUAUCUUCAAGGGAAAGGCUACCGGAUCUGAAUUGUAAAAAUCCAGACCAUCACAAGAGGGUAGCCCUAAACAAAGCCAGAUUUUAAUUAGGAAUUGCACUAAAAAUUUCCCAUCCUGUUAAAAUAUAUCCAAUGUACCAACAUACAGUUAGGGGCUACUUUAAAGAUUCCUUAAGAACAAACAAGGUUAUCUUGAUUUGUAGAUACAAUCUUUGUACAUGUACUCUGUAGGUUCAAAGAACUUACUUUUAGGUAAACAGGAAUAAAUUUUGCACAUUAUUAAAACUGCAUACUUGAACCACAAAGCCAAUGACAGCAGUUGUCAACUUUUUUUUUUGACAAUCUUUUACUCCCUACAUUCACUCAUCUGCUUUGCUAUUUCUUAUGAAUCACAGAUCUGUUCACGGAUAUUCAUAGGAGCUUGUAUGGAGGUUCCAUCCCUAUUUGUAUGUCCAUAUGCAACGUGAUCUGUACAAAUGGGGCAGGGGGACUUGGAUCACAAUAGCACAAUGCUGCUUUCAUCAUUUUGCUCCUCUUCCUCCCCCUCCACAUAUAUCUAGAAGGUACAAUCCUCUGUAAACCAUUGCUUACUGUUUCUGUCUAUAUUAUUUGUUAAUAAUGCAUAGAUUAUUCUGUUCAGCAACUCAUGUAAUAUUCAGGCUGCCUUCAAAGUCCAAAUUCUAAUAUUCUGUAGAAAUGUAAAUAGCACAACAACUUGUUUUAAUCAUCAUGCUUUUAACUAAGUUAAUGGUCUUAAGUUUAUUUAUUUAUUUAAACAUAUUGAAGUUAUUUUAAAAUUAUGUGUCCCUAGAUAGAAUUUUUUAAAAAGCAGCAAUAUAAUUAAAAGAAUCUUUGCUUUUAAGACAAACAGGAGUGCCUUUAAAAGUCUUGCUGUAAUACUCUCUUAAUAUGCACUGUUACUAAUGAUCUCUUUUCUUUGAAAAGUUUUCCAUUUGAAGAAAAAAAUGAAUGAAAUGCACUUAUUGUAUAUACAUUUAAUUACAAACCAGAAGAUUAUUAUUAGCUUUAUUGAUUAGCCUGUAGGCCAUAUCAACACAAAUCAAAAGUGUGUUCAGCUAUUGGUGCUGAUAAAAUGCUCUUCUUGAUAGAACACUAGAAAUAUAGACUUAAAUUAAUCAGUAUUUGCUUUACAAAUGAAAUUGUCCUACAGAGAGUAAAAAAAUGCAAUGGAGUUCCAGAAUAUGUGAUGGUGAUAAAUAAUACUUUUGACUUAGGCUGCCUAAGCAUAGUAACAAUAUUGUGGUGCACUGUU